AAUAACAAUAACAAUGGGAAGUCCAGAAUUACCUUCAGAUCCUGGCCAGGAGAUAUUUCCAACCCCAUCAGUUGACCAUCCGAGAGGAGGUGUAGAGAGCGAAGAUGAUGAUGAUCCGGAUGUAUACGAUGGCUAUCAACCACUUGCCUUGGACGACGAUAAUGUUGGAGCAGAUCCCGAGGAAAAUAGCGCAGAAGCUCACCCUACAGAUAACGACGAGGACAUUGAUUUGAUGACAGCUCCAGUCACUCAUGGCGACCCCAACAUGCCGACAAUCGAGCCCGCGGAUGUAGAAAUCGAGCGACAAGUUUGGAGUGAGCCAAGGCCAAGGGAACUCCAAAUGGAUCUUGACAAGACGCGAACGGAACAGAUCCUCAAGGCCAUGUCCACGAUAACGUUACCCAACAUCACAGUUCCAGAUUGGGCCAAGGGAGUGCCCGAAGAGCGCUGGAAAAAUGAACUCCUCGACCGGAUAAACAACCGACAACAUCCACCAGGGCCUUCAUCAUCGUCGCAGGAAGAUCCCCAGCAUUCCAAAUCUAAGAGAGAUUAGCUUGUAUACUCUGUAUUUAGCAAAAACAUUCUCCAAUAUAUGCUUAAUUUAGAAAGAUUAUACAAAAAAUA